UUUUUGGUAUUUCAAAGUAAAGCGGAAAUGGUAUCCACAAUCGUACAAGGAGCUGCACAAUUUCAGGUAUCAACAACAGGUAUAAUCAAGCUGCUCGAGCGGAAAAGGUGUGCGGGAUCGCGUCGCGUCGCGUUGCAGUUACAUAUUUCGUAUUUCGUUUCGAUUGCUGGCCGUUGUUUUGAUGUUUUUUUUUUCUUUUUUCUGUGACGCUAAAGCGGUACUGAGUCGAUUGGCGUAGCGACGCCGCCACAACAGACUCUGCAUUUCUACAUACAAGCUUGUGCAAGUUGCGCCUGCGCGCAGGUGUUGAACACCCUUUAAGAAAUCGUUUAAAAAAAGUAAAUACUCCCCCCAUUCAUGGUGAAAUUGUGAAUGACAGUUAAAAUUAAUAUUGUUGUGGUCUUUUGGUUUUCUGCUUCAAGAAUCGAAUGGAACUGGAUCUGGAAUCAACAAGCAAUUAUUUGGAAUAGCGUUCGAGUGGAUCUGAGCCCGGCAACUUGCGUCGUUGGAGGCGCCCCCAACUGUCACGGCGCCAGUGGGCGAUAGUCUAAUUGAAAAAGUUCUGCGGCCAGCCGGCGAGGAUGACUGUGAAGCUGGCGAAGCUGUUCGGCCGCCGCCGCAGCAACACGGAGGCGCACGAGGACCUGCAGCAGCAUCAGCAGCAGCAUCAGCAGCAGCAUCAGCAGCAGCAUCAGCAGCAGCACCAGCAACAGCAACAGCAGUUGCACCAGCAGCAACAGCAACUCCAGCAUCUGCAGAACCAGCCCCCGCCUCUGCCCCCGCUGAACGCCAACAUGAAGAGCCUGAAGUACCUGGAGCACCUGCGCUCCAGCUACCGCUGCCAGCAGCCCGAGGAGGACGACGAGGAGGACAACGUGUCCCUCAGCUCGGCCUGCAUGCAGCGCAACCAUCCGUACAACAACUCGCAGCGGCCCCUCCUCGGCGACCGCCGCCCCCAGCUGACAGUGGUGGGGGGCGCGGGGGGCAAGAAGGGCAAGGCGGGCGCCGGUCUCGCCCCCUCAGCCAUCUCGGCCAUGUCGGCCCUGGCCCCGCUGUCCCCGCCGCCCCCGCAGCGCAGCUACAUCUCGCCGUACGUGCAGCAGCAGAAGCGGGACAGCGCCCGGGGACUCCAUGGCUUCAACGACUUCGACGCCCUCUCGCAGCACCACCUGCAGAGCCCCCCGCUGCAGAGCGGCUACCCCUACGGCAGCCCGCCCUCGCCCACCGCCAAGUCCAGCGACUUCUGCUUCGACCGCCCGGGAGAGGGGCUGAACGCCAACGCCCCCGCCCUGCAGAGGUCCAUCGUGGACGUGUCCCUGUCAAGCGACUGCAGCACGGCCGCCUCCUCGCCGUCGCGCUACUUCCACCAGGAGGUGCCCAAGCCGACUCCGGUGCCCCCGCCCGUCGCGGUGCACCAGCCCGCCCCGGCCCAUCCGAUCGUGUCCAGCGGCAGCGCCUCGCCGCCGGGCUACUUCCCCAAGGAGCUGCCCCAGACGCCUCUCUCUUCAUUGGCUCCUCCGGCAGCCCCGCCAGUGGCUCCCCGGGUGCCCCCCAAGGCGCCCUCUCCAGUGUACGCCUCCCGCUUCGAGGACGACUUCUGUAUGCGACGCCCUGUCCUGAACACGUUCCACCAGUCGCCUCCGCCUCCUGCCCCAGCUGCAGGACACAAGGGCAAGGACGGGCCCUUCAUCUUCGGCAUUGAUCCGGAGGAGCAGGCCACCGACUACGGACUGCUCUCAGACUCGCCCUCGCCCCAGAUGAGCAAGAGUCCCUUGCAACAGUCCCUGAGCGACACCAGCGCUGCCAGCAGCGGCCGCGGCUCCCGGUUCCUACUGCGGAAGCGCAAGUCCAAGAAGGCUCCCGCCGCCGACGAGGACCCCAAAUCUGAGAAAAACUCCAAAAAGGCUGACAAACGCAAGGAGCCGUCGGUCAAGUGCGUCGUUGUGGGCGACGCCGCCGUGGGAAAGACGAGCCUGAUCCAGUCGUAUCUGGAGAACCGCUUCAAUCACGAGCACGUACCCACGGCCUCGGACAUUUAUAAUGCCGACGUCAAUGUGAACGAGAGUCCUGUCCACGUGACCCUCUGUGAUACCUCCGGGCAGGACACCCUGGAUCCGCUGCGCGAGCUCUGCUACCCGGACAGCGACGUCUUCCUGCUGUGCUUCUCGGUGGUCAGGCCGGACUCCUUCCAGGCCAUCAAGGACAAGUGGGCCCCGAAGUUCGCCAAGUCGAAGGCCUCCCUGAUCCUGGUGGGAACGCAGGCCGACUUGCGCACCAACCGGAAUGUCGUCAACAAGCUCAAGACAAGCGGCGAGAAAGCAAUUUCGUAUGUCGACGCCUGGGAUUUGGCAACAUCAAUUGGCGCCAAAUACAUCGAGACUUCGUCAGCCACACAGGACAAAGUCAAGGAUCUCUUCGACACAGCCAUUUGGGAGGGACUGGCUCCCACCACGCUGCCGCCCACGCCCUCGUUCUGGAGGAAGCUCUUCUGCCUGGCCUGAGAACCGGAAACUCCACUCGACGCGCCACGGCGAGCUGGAAAACUCAUUUUUUGUUACACUCAUCAUGCUACGACUUCUCGCGGGGAACACCUUUUAUCUCCGACCGGAAGCAGCAGGCGGCAACUCAACAUGCGCCGGUGGAACUCUAAUUUGCUAGCAUAGACUUCUAUUUAAGACUCUUCAUAUUCGAAAAAUGUUCGUUAGAAUCCCUAAUCGGAUUGCUCCCUCCAUUUAACUAUUUUGUGCUUCUAAUAACGACAAGUGGUGUUGACAAAUGUUUAACUUGAAUCCUUAAAUGACAAAUUAAGUUUGUGCAAAUAUGUACUGCUCAUUAGGACCACCUUUGUUACUAAAAUUGUUAGCUGGAACCCCUAGGUGGGAAAGUUCUACCAACUCCACGAGAGAGGACUUCGUUUUUUCAUAUCUGAACUGUUAAUAAAACUACUUAUGUCAAGAAUUUGUUAUUAGAAUGCCGAGUCGGAGAACCCCUCAGUUGCACUCAUGUGAGGAUGAAACUUAAAUUUUUUUGCAAAACCCCUUACUUUUAUAAACAAAUGUUAGUUGUACCGUUGUGUUUCCAGUUACGACUUCUUGUAUUGAACAACUUAGUUAGUUAGUUGCUUAUAUUAUCUUGUUUAGCCAGUGCUAUCAGUGACUUGGAUGCACACAGACUGAUUUACCUUUUAAUUUACCCCUAAUGGAAUCUUAAUUUAUGUAGUUACUUGGUAUAUAUAGAAAAUUUAUAGAUUUGAGUUUUUUUUCGAUUUUAUUUAAUAUUAGUUUUCUGUAAUUAGAGCUAGUUCGAUAGGCCUUUUUGUAUCGCCCAGACCCACAGAAAUGUUAAAACAUCAUUCCAUUUACCAUUAGCGAGUAGUUUCUAAGAAAUCAUAAACUUCAAACAAUGUAAAUCGAUGGCAACAUCAAAUAAAAGCGCAUCACAAAAACGUAAACAAACCGUUUCAAAAGUUAUUUCACUCGUUUCAGUCGAUUCGCGUCGAAAUCCGACCUAAAACGGCGAAAACACCACAAAACAAUUCAAAUUUGCCGCUUUGAGUCGAGUUGUGUCACCCGCCAUUUUAUAAUUCGCAACCGGUUCAAGCGCGGAAAAGUAUAAAUAGAGCGUCGCUGCACCGGGGUCCUCUUGCAAAAACCUUAAGAACUCUGCCAUUUUCCAUCCGAUUUGGAUGGGAGUAGUCUUAAACGA